AUGGUGCCGAUGCGUGUGCCCCGCCUCUUGCAGUCUGUAUCGCUCGAAAUCGAUACAGACGCCGAGGAAGCGCCGCGUGCUGAAGCGCCUGUCGAGGCGGAACGUGCGCCUGCGUCUGCCCAUGUGCCGCCUGAGCGCGGGGGAUUCUCUGCCGAGUCGCUUUUGGACCCCGACGCAUGGGUUGCUGCCCACCGCGAAGAUGCGCCGGCGCCUUCGGCGGCCUAUACGCCUCCGAUCGAGCGUACUCCGCCUCCCGUCUCUGCCUCAUCCCAAGCCACGCUCACUGUGCAGUGCCGUGCAUCGGCCAACGGCGGUGCAUCGACCGAGGCCCUCGCCGGAUGUAUGGCCGCGAGUCUUACCCUCGUCGACAUGCUCGGCGCGGAUCGCGUCCAUAUCCAAGAAAUACGGGCUGAAUAG